UGAGAAAUGUCGGUCCACUGUGGAGCUUCCCAAUGGUCCUCUAGAGGAGAUGUCAGCCCUUGAGGAGGCUAAACCGGACCAGAGUGCAGUGUCCUCAGAGCCAGCUGUAAACGGGCCGGCGUGAGGGUCUCCUUAUGCCAGCCAAUGGCCAGCCUGUUCUGCCACGCAGGGCCCACCUCCUGGCCAGCCGGCGGAGGCCACUGCUCAGAGCUGUACCAAUCACACGCCCCCCCACCAGGACCAGCAAUACACCCAUCGGCUCAUCACUGACAGACAGACAGACAGACAGGUGUACAGACACAGGAUGAACUGAAAAGCAAAAUGAGAGACAUACUCAAAUGGAUACAGAAUAAUUUUUUUCAGCAUUUGUUUAUAUACUAUUGUUCUUAUGAGGUGAUGUGCGACUGAUAUCUUGCCACUCAAAAUUAAAUAGUAAUGUUGCUAUAGUUAAAGAAAUGAUUGUAUGAAUAAAAUAUUUUAUAAAAAGAAAAA